CUAUCUCAGGCACACGCCAUCGCCAAAGAAAAAAGCAAAUUUCUUUUUUCGCGUCACGGGAAAGCGUUGAGUUCUAGAAUUGUCAUAAUUUCAACUUGUAUGCCAUUUAAGCGGUAAUUCUCGCUACUCUUCAAUUAAAGACUCAAACAUGGAUAUAGACUUAAGUCUGGAUGAGAUAAUACAGCGUAAGCGUGGAGGUGUAGAUAAAAAAUUUAAGCCACGAAAAGUAAUUAAGAAACCAGCGCAUAAACCGGCACAUAAACCGGAUGCAAUUCUAUUCGAUGCCAGGAAUAAGAUUAUACAAAAGACGCGAGCGAAAAUCAGUGAUGCCCGUGAGAUACUCAAUCAGAAUAUAAGAGCAUCGGGCAUUGAUGCCCGGCAAUUGAUCCAUGAUCGCAAGAAGGAUCACCAUCAGCAGCAGCAGCAUUAUCAUCAUCGUUCUGGAGGUGGUGGUGUAGGUAAUGGUGGUGGUGGUGGUGGGUCUAAUCGUUAUUCGCCGCCACACCUAUUGCCGACGCUAUCUGUGUUUCAGAAGCACAAGGAAGAGGAACAGAACCUGAUCACAAUAACCAAUCGACGUGCACGUGCCCAGCAUGAGAACCCCUGGGAUCCUCUUCCGAAUGAUGAUGCCAAGAACUUCUGUCCACCUGGCUAUGUCGAUCAUGAUAAUAUGGAGCACCUGGAGAUGGAGGAGAUUAAUCGCUCUUUGCAUAUGAGUGGUGGUGGUGGUUAUCAGAAACCAUCUUCGGCUCGCUAUCCAUUUCGUACCAAUGCCGCUGUCAUGGACGAUGUAGAAAUGCGCUCCUCCAAUAUGCCAGGCGAUCCAUUUGGCAUCUAUGAACCAUCACGUAAUCGCAUAGAACGACCCACUUCUCUUCAGCCACCACCUGCCUCAAGGACUGAGAAGGAACUCUUUGAGCGACGUGGUCCCUCCCAUCAUGCACCACUUCAUCAUCAGCAACAGCGAAAUUUAUUGGCCACAUCCAAUUUGCCAGAUUCUCUGAGGGCUCGCCUCUUUGGCUCUGAGCCCGACAGACGCGUCUCCCAUGGUAUUUAUGCCAAUGAGAAUGGACACGCUUCUACGAGUCAUGCUCCCCCAUCAAUUGGUGGUUCACGUCCACCGCCAUCUUUACCGGGAGCUGGUGCCAAUAAUAAGUCAGGUUAUCGGGUUCUGGUUAGUAAUCUUCAUGCCAAUGUCACCACCGGUGAUAUACGCGAGCUCUUCAAUGACAUUGGACCCAUGUACGAUGCCCAUGUGGUGCGACCAGGCACAGCAGAAGUCAUCUACAAAUCUCUGGAGCAUGCCGAAAUGGCUGUGGAUUCGUAUCAUCAGCGCGAAUUCGAUGGACAACCCAUGCAUUGUGUGUUAAUCAAUCCGCAUUCGUGUCUCCGAUCAGUCAAUUACUCGGCUAACUUCCCUUCCAACAGUGGUUCGCGCACUGUCACCACCAAUUCGUCGGGCGUCGAAGUGGACAUUGAUGCAUUACACUCUGUGCUCUUCCGUGAUCGCUAAAUUACCAUUGUUGGCACAAGGAUUAGGCAAUUUACAUCAAAUUCCAUUCAUUCAAAUUGACUCAUACACGCUUUCCCCUGAAACUGAAACACCACACACACACACAAUUGUAUUCAUCUAAUAUUCACAUAGACAUUAAGUACAUGAGCACAACAUUAUGGCUCUGAUUUGUACGGCAUAUCCUGUACCGGUGGUUCAAACGGGUAUGAAAAGAACCACUUCAGGACUUUACUAACGACUACACAUAUAUAUAUAUAUAUAUAUAUAUAUCUUCCUGAACAGUAUCAAUAAACGAAUCGAUCUAGCCGACUACGACCUCCUUGUCUGUCUGUAACCGCUUUUCGUAUGGGUUUUUUUUUUAUCAGUCUCCAUAUAAAUGAACUGGUUUAGUAUACAACUAGAUCAAGUCUCGAAUGCCUCCCACCCAUAAUUCCGUUCCACAUACCAAACUAACUGUACUAUUCUCUGAUUUGUCGGACAUAGUGAAUGAAUGUAAGUCUACUGCUCGGUACAGGGUAUUUCGAAAGUCGGUGUCCGACUUUAAGUGCCAGAUUUUUUUUCUUAGUCCAUUUAUACAUUUAUGUAAAAGAUAAAAUAAAAUUCAACAUUUUUAGACCAAAACUAAAAA